AGAAUCUACUGAAACAAGAGCAUCGAACCUCCAAGACGAUAUGUAUAGCCGAGUUUGGAGCUGCUGAUGGGGGCGUGUCGCUGGAGCUCAUGGUAACUGUAAUAGAUUACAUUAACAAGACCUCAGACGAUCUCCGAGACAUAACCAUUGUUUACGAAGAUCAGCUGUUCAAUGAUUACAACGUUCUAUUCAAGACAAUCCAUGCCAACAAUUCGGAUUUGGGGAAUAAAUUGUCCGACAGUGAUAACGUACACGUCCUAGCUAGUGCAACGUCAAUGUACAGGAAGUGUGUACCCGCUUCUUCCGUCGAUCUAGCUUUCUCUUCUAUGGCUAACCACUGGCUGAGCCAAAAACCUUGUGACAUCCGAGGCGGGAUAUUCCAAAGUGACUGCGACAAUUACGAAGAUCUGUACGCAUUUCGUUGCCAAUGGCAGACCGAUUGGAACCAGUUCCUGUCAUGUCGAGCUCAGGAACUCCAACCAGGAGGGUACCUGGCGGUUGUUUCCUUCGUCACGGAUGACAAUGGACGAUGUAACGACCACUUGGGAGAAGAUUCGUACCAUGUAUUAUCUACUAUCUGGAAAGAGUUUCAACAAACUGGAAAGAUCAGCAAGGAAGAAUUAAUUCGCACCUCCAGCGUGACGUAUCAUCCCACCAAGGCUGAGCUCGAAAAGCCCUUCCAAGACGACAUUGAAGGGAAUCUGUCGCUAGUUUCAUGUACACCAAAAGAUAUAGAAAUAAUUCCUAGUCCACCACACGAUGCAGGUAUUGAGGACAGAGAGACGUUUGUGGACAAAUCCCUAAAGUGUAUAAAACCAUGGCUGUAUAACAUUCUCAUGUCAGGACUAUCCCCAGACCGAACCGAGGAGGACAAGGACAGACUACUGGAUGAGUAUUUCAAGACGCUUCGCAAUAUCCUCAUUAAAAAGACCCAAUUUGGUCCUAUAAUAUAUAGAACGGCUUGUGUGAUAGCCAAACGUACAUAGCUAAUGCUGUACAAUAGAAUUUGCGUGAUAGUCCAAUACGAGAAAACGUUAUUGUCCGAGUAUAUGCCUCUAUUAAUUAUUAUGAUUAAUAUUGUUAUUUUUUCUUUUCUUCUUUUUCUUUUUGUAAUUGCCUAUAAGGUCAUGGUUCAUGCAGACAACAAAAAGUGCAGGAAUUGAGAUCGGUGCGUAAAAAGUAAUGCAAAAGAGUAAUUUCUUUUAAAAAGAGUCCUUAACUUUGCUCAAUAUUGCUAAAGAAAUGUUACAACAUUUUACAUAAAGAUUCCAUCAAAACAUGUUAAUUCCAUGAAUGCUAUUGUUUGUUUUAAUGUAAGGAAUAUCACAAUACACCGCGGCCCCCUCAGAAGGGGAGGUAACUCUUAUUAAUGCGGUGAUAUUAACUUUACAUAAACCUAUAUCCGUUAUUACCAAGUGUUACCGCACCGGUCAUCCAACUAAUGGUCACCAUAUGACCACACAUAUAUCAUCUAUUUUUUAGAGUAAUUAGAUGAGGGUAAAAGGUUAAGGGUGUGUAUAUUGAUAAGAGAUGGAUAGAACUAGUAGGUUUUUGCCUCAAUAUCCACGAAGCACGAGAAAAUCCCUAUAUUGCGUCCUAUGUCUAGGAAUGAAAAUGUUUUUUAAGUAUGAAUUAAGCAAGUGUGACCAUGAGAGUAUUAUUGGAAUAAUCACGUGCCAUAUCAAGUGCCAAACACUCGUGUUCCAUUGACUAAUAUGUUGGGACUAUUCUUGUAGAAAUGGUAUUAUAUACAUUGUCGCGUACAUUAUUGGGUGAUUCGCCUCUGAUAAGAUAAGAUACAGCUGGCACGCGCUAUGACAUAACAGGUCUGUUUGAUAGAGAGGGAUAUAUCAACUCGAGCUGAGAAUCCCCUUUCCACCAAGCAGACCCAGGUACGAUUCUAUUGGCAUUACCACGUCCGUAUUUAUAAAUUGAAUAAGCUUGUGUUGUAAAAGUUAUUAUCAGAUUUCAUUCGUACGAUAUCUGCUCUAAUUUAACACAUACAUUGUAUGGAGUUAUCUUUAUCAUAAAGCGUAAAUGACAUUGAAAUCUUUGUAACAUAAAGGAUCCCAAAAGUUUUAAAUCAUAUUCGUAUUUUCUGUCUCACAAAAACUGUGAAUCGUUAAAAAAUUAUACAUAUUAUUUAUCUAUAUUUCUGUUUCCCCCAAAAAAUGUUCAUAUUGUAGAGGUAAUUAAUCGUUUUUAUUUUACACUACGAAAUGCUAAGUCACUAUGUUUACAUAUCACGUGUGUGUAUGUGUUUUUCUAUACAUGUAUAUUCCUAUUCGCCGCUUUUAUAUUGGUCAACCAUGGUCAGUGAUCUUGAUAGACAAUUUCUAUUUAAUAUUUUCAGUUCAUUUUCGAGUAUAUCUUUUAUGUCAUCAAUUGUCAAAGACUACAGUGUCAUAUCUUUAUUUCAACUGUUAGAAUUUAUUUAAUAUAUCUUAUUUUCAUGUAUGUACAUGUUUUACAUAAGGUGUGAUGGAAUUGUGAUAUAAAUUAAUGAUAUGAUAAUUCUUAGUAGAUAUGAAAUUUAUGGUGCAAUAUGCAAUAACCCGUUUGUUUGACUACUUUGUUUU